AUGAUUAAUACUAUUUCUCAACCUGCAGGAAAAACUUCAACAACUACCAAUUCUACUACCACUACUGAGCAACUUACAGGAACUACCAAUUCUACUACCACUACUGAGCAACUUACAGGAAAAACUUCAACAACUACCAAUCCUAUUACCACUACUGAACAACUUACAGAGAAAACCAGUAACAUAACACCUAUUAUUACUAUCACUUCAACAGGAUCUACUCCUUUUGUGCAAUCUACUACAAAUGAACUACCAGCUAUAGGGUCCACUGCUACACCUAUGAGUUGUGAAUACUUGUCAUACUGGGUUAUUAUCCUGAUUGGAAUAGCCUGCAUUCUUGCUCUUGGCUUACUAUUUUGUCUGUUCUUUGGACUAUCUGCCUGUGUAAAAACUGGUCAUUAUAAAGUAAAAUGUUAUCCUAGUUACUUUCCUCAUUUCGGACUUGGGAAAGGUUUUGGAUCAUCAUACUCUACAGACCUUGAAGGGGGAAUUCGCCCUGUACAGCAAACAGGCUGAACUUAAGCUCAAGGAGAUCAAUUUGAGCUCGGACCAAAACAAGUCCAGUUUUGAAAUAAUACAAUAUUCUUUUAUUGUGUCUACUAACCUACUAUGUAUAAUUAGAAAGUAUAUACCACUUGUCUGUUACCUUAAUGACAUCGCUACAGGGACUUAUUCAGUGCAGAAUACAUAGGAUUGUAUGGGCUUUUUUGUGACAGAAUUUUAAUGGUGAUUUUGCGAAAAUGUUUGCCAAUGGUGAAAUUUGGAAUUUUGCCGCAAAUUCAUGCUGGCUGAAAUAUUUUGCUUAUCACUAAUGAUCGUAAAGUUUAUGGGGUAGGGUCUCACAUCCAAAUAGGUUAACAGAGGUAAAUAGUUUAAGAGAUUACAGUAAUUUAAUUUAUUUAGGUAAUUAUUCUAAAAUAUAAAUGUAAUUAUGUAUGGCAUUGA